UAAUGUCGCGGUUCGAUCGUCUCGUCGUCCUUCUCGCUCUUCUCUCCGUGAUCGGGUUCGCUCAUGCGAUUUUCGACCCUAGGGAAAUAACGACAAAACCACCAAAACGACGGGAACCGGUACUUCCCUGGUAUUUGUCUAACCAAGACGAUAUCGAGUCAAAUAAGGAUCCAUCGCGUUCUCCAAAAUGGCGGACGGAUCCAGACGACCCAAGUCCUAGAAAACCGUUCGUAGUGAAUGCUGAGACGAAGACCUGGAGUCCUUGGAGAAAAACUUCCGAAAGUGAUAUCGAGCAAAGAACAGAGGUUACAGAUGAUCCUCGAGCAUCCACAAAUCUCGAUCAAAAUCGUGAUUAUUUCUUGGAAAAUGAUCAGUUCGAGCAACAAGAAAAUCGGAAAUUUCCUUCGAAACCAUCCAGUUCUCAUGAUUUAGAACAACACCAGGAUCGUAAUCGUGUUCAAAACAAAGGGAACGAACCAAAAGUAGACAGUGAUCAAGAUUUUUAUGAAGGAAUAUCCACCGACAACACGAAAUCACAUAAGGAAAAUUUUAUUGUCCCUGCAAAACCGAAAUCGACGGUCGCUCGACACGACCCCAGACUAGGUGCACAGUGUCCCGAAAUUGAUUCAACGGGACAGUUCGUCUAUCCACUAGACUGCAAAUUUUUCGUUAAUUGUUGGAAGGGAAGAGCUUUCGUCCAACCAUGCGCACCCGGAACUUUGUUCAGUCCGGAGACUUUGGAGUGCGAUUUUCCGCACAAAGUCAACUGUUAUGGCGGAGAGGUUGCCGAUUUUCCUUCGAGCGAUCUUUUGGAAUCGUCCGGAAAACGAGAGCCUUUAUUGUCGACCUCGCAAACUUUUCUGGAACACGAAAGGCUACAGGAACCACGAUGCCCGCCUUUCAUAACUGGCUUAUUACCGCACCCGUCAGAUUGCACAAAAUUUUUACAAUGCGUAAACGGCGGAACGUAUAUCAUGGAUUGCGGUCCUGGCACAGUAUUCAACCCCACCGUUAACGUUUGUGAUUGGCCCCGUAAUGUAAGGGGCUGUGAAGAUUCAUCGAAGUCCAAGGAGGAAACUACAACACCGUUAAUUCCGCCUGAUUACGAGACUUACAAUCAUAUGAAACUGGCGAAUAAUAACUAUGAACCAGUGAAAAAGGUUUCUUGUCCUCCAGAUCAUUCGGGAUUAUUACCUCAUCCUGAUACGUGUAAGAAGUUUCUUCAAUGUGCAAAUGGAGUUACUUUUAUCAUGGACUGUGGUCCUGGAACAGCGUUUAAUCCUUUAACAACCGUCUGCGAUUGGCCUCACAAGGUACCCGGUUGUAGCGAAGAGAAACCAACUACAACCAGACCAUGGACAUCAGGUGGUACUUCAGAUUCAAGAACUUGGGAACACGUUCGUCAAUAUAAUCGUACAUCACAGGAUCACUACAGGCCAGGAUUUUUACCACGUGGACAAACCAAACCAUCCGUGACGACAAGCCGUCCAGGAACUGACUGGGAUGUCUUACGUCCAACAUGGAGACCAAUAUGGACGCACAACACUGAGACAACCACAAAAUCACCAGGAGCAGGUUGGAAUUCGUCAAGACCGACGUGGAAACCAAACUGGAAACCCAAUGGAUGGACUACAACCAUGCCACCUUAUCCUCAAUGGCAAUAUGACCAUGGUGAUCGCUAUGUUCCUUCUCAUCCAGGAAGUCCAAAUGUUCUGCCUUCUCAACCAGGAAGUUCAGAUCAACCAAAUCGUUGGGAUCGUCCAGAGAAUUCGGGUUACACAACCGGACAGUGGCAUCCCAGGCCGGAAACAAGUGAUCAGAGUUCAAGUUAUGAUAACAAAUACCAUCAUCAUAAUCACUAUUCCCAUCAAUACUAUCCUCAUGCACCGACGUACGACAAAAACAAUGAAACCCAGCAACCAACUCCUCCGUAUGGUCAUCCUGAACCUGAAAGACCUAACCAGACCAUUCCAGAUGGCGGUUGGCAUCACAGUUCAGGACAUCAUCAUGGUCAUCAUCAUGGUCAUCAUCACGGUAGCCCUCAUUCCCCUCCUGAUUACCCAGAGUACGAUGAAUCUGGUCAGCAGACGCAACAAAGUCCCUUCGAUCAAACACAAGAUGCUUCGAAUCAACACGGUGAAUUCCAUGAAGGAAAUGUAUCUCCGAAUCGAAGGGUCGGGCAAGAGUUUGGACCUAACAGACAAGAACAUGGUAGACUUGGCCCAGGAUUUUCCCAACCAGGAUUUAAUCGGGAACCUGCACCGGAUGGAAAUGUUUACGUGCAAAGCACUUACGUGGUGCCUGAAGAUGGUAAUACAAGACCGUUAACGCGAAAUAGAACACGUUGGACUCAGCCUGUAGCGUCAGGGGGCAGAUUUAUUCCCAGUAUCUGGAGUCAACAAGGUUCUAGGCAAUCGCCGCCUCAACCACAGAAUAGGCAGUGGGAUCAAGGAGGACUCAAUGAGGACGUCAAAUUUCGUGAAUGGGGAUCUAGAACUAACCUAUAUCAAAGCACAACUGAUAAAGAAGCAGAUUCGAAGUUGAAUCAGUGGGUAUCGGCGACAAAUAUUUUUAAUCAUACAAAAGGAAAAUAUCUGCCAGGAGUUAAAGAUACUCCUCCUGAUUCAUCAAAUCCCCAUUAUCCGAACAAUGUAUUCGUAAAUGUAAAUAACACAAGGGGGCAUUUUAUUCCGAAAGAAAUUGAAGUUAACCAAGGACAUUCAAGGACGAAAAGUUAUGGACCAAAUGAUGUUCAAGAUCCGAAUCAAUUUAGUAGCAGCGAUCAGAAUAUAUACAUUGAUGCUCGAUCUACUGAUUUUGCAGUACCAUCUGUGGAACUUCAACCGCCACAUUAUUAUCCUUUUAAUGAUUCAUCUAGAGCAAACAAUGGAGCUACGCCUGCACAUGGUCAUCGUACUCCUAAGUAUUAUCGAAUUAAUUCGUCUUCAGCAAAUCGUGAGGAUUUAUCAGGAUCUGACACAAACCAUCAUCGUGUAGUCAUGCCGUCAGUAAAUCUUCAGCCGCCGUAUUACCCACCUCCGAGUCGGUCGUUGAUGCCUCCAAGUUCAAGGAACAUAUCAAGAGGCAAUAGUUACUAUCCACCAGUGCCAGCAACUGAUCUUCUGCCACCCUAUUACGAACCUUCUAAUGCAAGCUCGAAGUACCCAGCUAAGCCAGCAACUGAUCUUCAACCGCCAUAUUACGAACCUUCUAAUGCAAGCUCGAAUUAUCCACUUGAGCCAGCAACUGAUCUUCAACCGCCAUAUUACGAACCUUCUAAUGGAAGCUCGAAUUAUCCACUUGAACCAGCAACUGAUCUUCAACCGCCAUAUUACGAACCACCGAACGCUUCUCAGCACACAUCGAAUUUUAGUAAUUUUCUAUCACCAGAUCGUUUCUUGGCUCCCACGAAUCUUGAUAGAUCAAAUACCUCUAAUCCAAAUGUUCCAGCUGAAAGUCUGGAACCACCAUUUUACCAAGAAAAUAAUCGCUCCAACGAUUCGUUAAACAGCAUCAGCACUACCACACAAAGAGUUCUAGACAAGCAUCUGAUAAUUCCGAUGAAGAAAAAGAUUUCACGGAAGCUAGAGAAACCUCUAAUCAAAGUUACCACGACUACGCCGGAUCCAGACAUCCCUAACGUAGCGAUCGAAUACGAUGACAAUUCUUUGACAACAGAAAAUUCUAAUCUGGAUUACGAUGUCGACGUACUGGACGAUAAAGAAGUUUGGAAACCGGUGCUGGUAUUCGAGAACAAAACUCAAACGACCACGGAAUCGUCUGUUGUCAUGAAAAUGAAUAAGAAGAACGUCGACGUGGAUCUCUUCAAUAUUGAAGCUGCCCCCUUCGACGAAGAGGAACCACCAUUUCCAAAUUACUAUGUACCACCAGUAGAACCAUUAGAUCACUCGCGAAAAGUGUCCCUUCCGACGCCGAUUUCUGGUCAGGUGAUUCGACUUAGGGGUGGAUCCGGACCUCAUGACGGGUAUGUCGAAGUUCAAGGAACAAAUCCUGGCUGGGGAAUCGUUUGCGAUUCCAGAAAUGGCUGGACUCUGAAAGAGGCUGAUGUCGUGUGCAAACAACUCGGAUACGUAAGAGGCGCAGAGAUGGCCUGGCAGGGAAGGAACAAUCGUAACGGAGUGCCAACGUGGAUCGCCGCGAAUUCCGUGUCGUGUCAAGGCAACGACACUAGAUUUCAAUUGUGCAAAUUCACUCAUAAACCAGAAUGUCGCGUGGAAAGGGACGCGAUCGGUGUGAGAUGCAUUUCAAAUCGGGUGGCCCAUUGCCGGAAGGACGAAAUACCGUACGAAGGACAUUGUUAUCACUUGGCUGAUCCUGAUAGCGGCUUGAACCAUGCGGAAGCGUUGCAGUAUUGUUCGGAACGACAAUCACGACUCGUUGAUAUCGUUAACCAGGCGGAAAACGACUUUCUGUCUGAAUGGCUGCUGCAGUUGCAUCCGGAAGUUGGUUCCGUCAUGACUUCCGGUGUUGGUUUUACCACUCUGAAUCGCUCCUUUUGGCUUUGGGAGGAUUCCUCGCGUGCCAAAUUUAGAUUCAAUAAAUGGUGGCCAGGAUGGAUGGAAGACAAGAAACAUCCCCCUUUCGUGGGUUCACGUCCUCUUUGUGUCGUAAUGAAACGCAAGUUUCCGUGUCACGAAAGACCGGAUUCGACUUGCGUCGCUGAAUAUUUCUUCUGGGACACCGAAGACUGUGCAACCUCCAUGAAGGGUCACUCUUACAUUUGCAAAAGGCCUUACGAUGAUAUAGGUUGUAUUUAUGGAAAGGGAAGCCAAUACACAGGAAAUGCGAACGUAACGGCAUCCGGGAAACAAUGUCUUUCAUGGGGCAACGAGGAAGUAGCCCAUCCACUUGCAGUAAAUGUCGUCAAUCGAGAAGUUAGAGAAAAAUUGAAAACUCACAACUACUGCAGAAACCCGAAUCCAAAUAGAGAGACCAGGCCAUGGUGUUUCACUGGACCAGGAGGGGAACGUGAAUACUGUGACAUUCCACCUUGCGGGAAUAUUGUAACUCAAAGGUCACGUUUGACCGGUCAGUGCAAACCUAAGCAUUUCGAGUGUUUGCCAGGAGAAUGCAUUCCUUCGCCAUGGGUUUGCGAUGGUGAAGAGGACUGUACAAAUGGUGCGGAUGAAAGGGCUUGCACGUCGCAAAUGGAUCUUUUCGAAAAGCAUGCUAAGCAUAAAUUAGAAGGUCACGACGUCGAAAAGUGGUUGAACACUCCGUUAAAGACCUGCGCUCUCAGGUGCAAGGAGGCUGAUUUUACAUGUCGAUCGUUUGCACACAAGUCAGCCGGAAAUGUUUGUCUUCUAAGCGACAGCAACAUCGGAAUGACAGGAUCCUUGAAACCGAACCGAGAGUUCGAUUAUUAUGAAAUGAAGGAGAGAAGUAUAGAUUGCGACGAUAUGUUUGCUUGUGGAAACGGGAAGUGUAUAAAUCAGACCCAGGUAUGUAAUGGGAAGAACGAUUGCAACGAUCGUAGCGACGAGGAUAUCUGUACCGUCGAGAAUUUGGAUUAUAGCAUACGGCUCGCUGGUUCGAAUAACAGCUACGAAGGAAGAAUUGAAGUUAAAAUUUUGGGAGUUUGGGGCCAAGUUUGCGACGAUGGCUUUGGCAUGAUCGAUGCCGAUGUGAUUUGCAAAGAACUUGGCUUUGUCCUUGGCGCCUUGGAGAUCAGACCGGGAGGAUUCUAUGGCAAUCUGGAUCCACCCACGAGGUUCAUGGUUGAUCAACUGAGAUGCCGAGGAAAUGAGUCUUCCCUACGUCAAUGUGAUUUUGAUGGAUGGGGUGUUCACAAUUGCCAACCCGAAGAAGCGGUGGGCAUCGUUUGUAAAACAGCAGUCGAUACCUGUCAAGAUGGUCAUUGGAAAUGUGACAAGAGUCCCACGUGCAUUCCAACUGCGUUCAUAUGUGACGAGGUUGUCGACUGUCCGGAUCGUUCUGACGAGAGUCCAGAACAUUGCGAUGCACCCUUCGAGAUGCGUCUAGUGAAUGGAAGCUCUCCUCUUGAAGGAAGAGUCGAGGUUCGUCACCAUGGCAUAUGGGGCACUGUUUGUGACGACGAUUUCUCGAACGCAGCAGCAAAGGUGAUCUGUAGAUCAUUGGGAUACGGUGGAAAAGCUAUUGCCAAGAAGGACGGAUUUUUUGGGCCUGGAGAGGGACCUAUUUGGCUCGAUGAAGUAUACUGUCAUGGGAACGAGACACAACUGUACAGAUGCGAGCACAAUCACUGGGGUCUGCAUAAUUGCAACCACGACGAGGACGCAGGUGUGAUUUGUACACACGGAGAUGUUAACAAUUCCGAGUUUCCCUGGGGCUCACAGCCGGAUUUCCCGGAGACGGACAUCAACGACAUUCUUCCGGUUAAUUGCGGUAGGCGAUUCAAAGACUUCAACGAUGACGAGGAUCUUAUAUUCCAGAAGGUGGUGCGCGGUAGCAUUGCGCCAAAAGGCUCCUAUCCUUGGCAGGCCAGUAUUCGUGUCCGGGGACACAGUAGAUCCAGCCAUUGGUGUGGAGCCGUAAUUCUUUCGCCUCUUUAUGUGCUGACUGCUGCGCAUUGUUUGGAAGGAUACAACAAAGGGACGUAUUUUGUUCGCGCCGGUGAUUACAACACAGAGAUAGACGAAGGAACAGAAGUGGAAGCUAACAUCGAGGACUAUUACGUACACGAAGAAUUCCGUAAGGGGCAUCGAAUGAACAACGAUAUUGCCCUCGUGUUGUUAAAAGGACGAGGAAUUCCUCUCGGCAAGGAUAUCAUGCCAAUUUGUUUACCCCCUGAAAACGUGGAAUACCCGGCGGGUCUUAAUUGCACUAUCAGUGGAUUUGGAAGCAUCGAAACUGGAAAAUCAACUCAUUCUAAAGACCUAAGAUAUGGUUGGGUGCCACUGUUAGAUCAGUCUGUUUGUCGCGCCGGUUAUAUUUAUGGCGAAGGUGCAAUUAGCGAUGGCAUGGUCUGCGCUGGAUACCUUGAUGAGGGUGUAGAUACCUGUGACGGUGAUUCUGGUGGACCAUUGGCAUGUUAUCACAAUGGAGCUUUCACGUUAUACGGAAUUACCAGCUGGGGACAACAUUGCGGAAAAGCCAAUAAGCCCGGUGUUUACGUUCGCGUGUCUCAUUACCGUCGUUGGAUAGAACAGAAAAUUAAACAAUCUGUUGCAGGAAGAUAGGAUUAAUUUUUUA